UACCGAUGUGAGAAAUAGAAGGCUGUGGAUUUGACAAAAGUGUGGCGCCAUAUUGCCUGCUUGUGUUUGGUUGCCGUUGUGGCGCGUGGUCAAGAAAGAAUUAUUAUCUCUCAACAGAGUCGCCAUGUCCGAUAAUCAGGAACAGAAGCCCGAAGCCGGCCCAGGUGACGCGAAUUCAGAGUAUAUCAAACUCAAAGUCGUAGGAAAUGACAGCAAUGAAAUUCACUUCAGAGUUAAGAUGACCACACAAAUGGGAAAGCUGAAAAAAUCUUACAGCGAUCGUGUGGGAGUUCCAAUGACAUCGCUCAGGUUUCUUUUUGAUGGCAAGAGAAUUAAUGAUGACGAAACGCCAAAGCAGUUGGAAAUGGAAAAUGACGAUGUCAUUGAAGUCUAUCAGGAGCAGACGGGUGGUCAGUACUGAAGGAUCAAAAGGGAAAGGCCAUGUAAUUUGGUUUUAAUAUGUUUAAAGUGAAAGUGAUUAACGUAUAAAAAGAAUGAAUCUAAAAAAAACAAAAAAAUGGACAAGAUUAAUGAUAUGCAUAUGUAUGUUUAAAAAAAUCAUUUGUAAUUUAAUUUCAACAAUUUACCCUCGA